UUUUAAUUUUUAAAAGAAAGAUGGAAGAGAAUAAAAAAGUUUAUCGAAUAAAACUGACAAAUUUACCAAAAUAUAUGGGGUUUGCAGAUAUUAAUAAAUUUGUGAAAAACAAUUUGGGCAAAAUUGGAUUUAGUAAACUUAAAUAUAAUGGACAUGUUACUUUUUUUAAUCUGGCAUCGGAAGAAGAUGCUAAUGAAUCUGCCAAAAUUUUGAACAAUUCGAUAUUUAAGAAGGAGAAUGUUAAUGCGGAAGUGAUUGUGAAAAAGGGGGAAAAGGAAGAAAAAAAGGUUUUUAAAUUUUUAUUGAUAAUUUAA